GGUAGCCUUCAUCUCCAUCAUAGGAAAUAGGAAUUGUCUCUCCCUUCCUUUGUAGGAGUAGUAUAUUUCUAAGAGCUACUUUUGCGACGAAGGUUAGAAAGAACUACUAUUCUUUUCAAUGGCGUAUCCGAAGAGUUUUGUUCUCGAGUUGGCUAAAAAUUGCCAAUGCCAAUGUUGCAAGGAAAAGCUGGAGAAGGUGGAAAAGAUCGAUGGCGUCCAUUCAUUAUCCAUAGAUCUGAAGACAGGGCAGAUGACCAUUUCAGGCACCGUAGACCCGCAAAAGGUCAUAAGGUACCUUGAAAAACAUCACAAACAAGCAAAGCUCGUUCCUGAGGAAAUUCCGCCAAAAAGAAACAACCAAUGGGAAUUUGAACAACUGGAGAUAAUAACCUAUAGGAAGGUGACAAUCAAUGGGAAGAACAAAGAUGAGGGUGAUUGUAGCAGCGGACAUGGCACUGGCACUUCUUUUAGCGGCUGGCGACCCCAUGGCAAAGAUAUUAUUCCCCGCCACUGGUGACCGGUUACGAACAAUCGGCUCCUCCAUUGUCAAGAUAUGGCGUAAUACCCUAGACUCCUAAUUAACUUAAUUUGCCUUAAGUUCACUUUUAUGAGCAUGUUAGUCCUAAAAUUGAUGGGAUUAAUUUACUAUGUGAUGCAUAUGCAUAGAGUCGUUAGAGUCGCGAAUAUCUUUGAGUAAAUUGAUGUGAUUACAUGAUUCGAUUUACUGCGUGAAUGUCUUCCUCAAGAUUUCUGUUGUUCAUCGAUGUGUGGUUAUGUUAUGCCCACAAUUUUUGUCAGUUCUAUAGAGACAGUACGUUUAUAGUCUUAAUAUGAUCAAUGGAAUUGCUUUAACUUGAAUGUAUGUUUUCAUAUGCAUUUGGAAGCGCGUACUCUUUAAUAUAUCUACGGCAAACGUGUAGCCCAUGUAUUUGUUAUUCACUCGAGCUUAUAGUACUUAACGAAAUUAUAAUUCAGAUUUUUCAGGAGAGAUGAGCAGUGAAGGAGUAUAGAGCAAAAGUCUCGUUUCCGUGCUGGCCGCAGUGGCAGCAACCCAAAAUAAAUAUCUAGCUGUUUAUAGUUUUGUAUUUAUUGCAAGUGUUGAGACUAGCUAUCUUGUACAUACUACUUUUCUUUAUGGUUCGAUCUGUUUAAUUAAAGUUUGUAAAUUAAGGUUUGUGUAGGCAUGUAGUAGGAAAAGGACAGCUCUGAGUGGUGUUUGGUUUUUGGGCUAUUUUGGUUCAUUUUACAGUAUUUUUCUCCCUUUAAAGUUUCCGCUGCUAUUUUAGUUAAUUAUCCCAUUUUCAGGUAAUGCGAUGGAGAUUACAGGUUGAAUAGGCCUUUGGUGUGGAUUGUCACUGACACUUUGUCAUGGCUAAACUUUAGGGGAUGGGAUUGAGUCGUGACAUAUAGGGAGCACCAAAAUAUUUUUUUAAAAAAGCAAUUAAUUCAAAAAAAUUGUCUAUUUUGAAUUAUUUUUGUCUUUAGAAACUUUUUAUUCUUAACUUUUUACCUUUUGGCUCUGUUUGAUAGGAGAGGGAUUGGAUUAGAUGGGAUUGUGGUCAAUGGAUUAUUAGGGGGGAGGGGAAUUAUUAGUUAAGGGAUUAUUUGGGAGUAUACUCUCUCAUAUCCCAUGUUUGUUUGUGCAUGGAAUUCAGCAACGGCCAAGAUAAAUCCUGUGUGUCUUACGUUUGUUUUGAAUGUCGCUUGAUAAGGAUUAAUGGCUCAAUUAUCCAUAUUGCGCCUAGUGCAAUUUAUAUAUGAGUGAUUCUAUAGGAACCCAAAAAAUUAUCUCUAACAGUGACUACUCUUUACAACCACCUCAAUUAAUUUGAUCCCGAAAAAAAAAAAAACCUUGAUUUUCAAUUGAUUAUUUAGGAGUAUCAGGACCAGUUUUGUUCUUUUUAUUGAUUGAGAGAGAGAGAUGAAUGAACACUCCAUAAAAUUCCAACUUUGCUAGAGGUACGUACACAUUGAGUAUUUGACCCAUCUCGGAUCCUAAAAAUUGAUCUAAUUUUGUUUAAAAUGGGUUGUUUAGAGCUUCUAUGAAAAAUAAACUCUAUUCAAAAUCGGUAAAGGCAUAUAUGAAACAUACAACUUUUCUUCACAAGAUAGGCUUAGUUUAUGAAGCAAAGUUAGAUAUUUUGUAAAUAUUUUUACUGAUAAUUUGUUGGGUGUAUUUUUUAUAAGGACCCUAAAUAAACUAUUUUGAAUAAAAUGAGCAAUUCAGAUCACUUUUGUAGGACCCCGAUAUGGGUGCAAAACGCGAUGUAUGUACCGAUGUGUAUGUACUCAUAGACUUUUCGUAAAAAUUAACGUAUCUUCAAAUCGGGAUGUUAAACUCGCAAAACGACGUCGCUGAGAGGGACUGUUUGGUUGACCGGAAAUACACUUUCCCUCCACCCAGAAAAGAGAUCGGCAGCACAAAACCCUAACCCUAACUAAAUUCAGACCCAGCACACGUACGAUCGGCCACCGUCGCUUGAUUAGAUCUCAGGUAUGCUAUUCGGCGCACUCUCCAUCUCUUCCCACUUGAAUUCUAAACCUAGGGUUUGGUUUCAGUCCACUUAUUCAAUCUCAAGCCUCAAAGUAGUAUGGCGUAAAGACGAGAAACUGGACGACGCCAUAGUAAACGAAAAACAAUGGAGACUCUCCGCAAGAGUCGUCAAACAAGUCCUAAACGAGCCUGGCCAAGUCAUCCCCCUUCGAUACCUGGAGAAACGUCGCGAAAGGAUGCGUCUUCCGGUCAAAGUCAAGACCUUUCUGGCCCAAAACCCCGGCCUGUUCGACACCUAUCUCGAUCGAAUCAGGCCCAAGUCGGAGCCGGUCCCGUUUAUUCGAGUCGGCUAUAGGCUUCAGCGGUUUUUAGAAGAAGAGAAGCGAAUUUAUAGUGAAAAUGAGCAGUUAAUUGUCGCGAAGUUGUGCAAGCUGUUAAUGAUGGCGAAGGAUAAGGUGGUUAGUGCAGACAAAUUGGAACAUGUCAAGAGGGAAUUUGGGUUCCCCAUUGAUUUUAUGGUGAAUUUGGUGCCGAAAUACCCUGAAUAUUUUCGGUUAGUUGGGUGUCCAGGAGAGGGGAAAUCGUUUCUUGAACUGGUUUCAUGGAAACCCGAGUUUGCGAAAUCAACAAUUGAGGAAAGGGCGGAGGAGGAAUCGAAUUUGAUAGGGAUAAGGGUUAGGCCGUCUUUCAACGUUAAGCUUCCCCGAGGGUUCUCUCUUAGGAAAGAAAUGAGGGAAUGGGUUAGGGAUUGGAUGGAGCUUCCCUAUGUUUCGCCUUAUGAAGAUGCAUCCGAUUUGGACCAAGCAUCGCGAGAAAUGGAGAAAAGGACAGUUGGGGUUUUCCACGAGUUGCUCUCGCUCUCUCUUUUCAAGAGGAUACCAGUCCCGAUUUUGGGGAAGUUUACUGAAGAGUAUAGGUUUUCAAAUGCAUUUGCAAGUGUGUUCACUAGACAUUCGGGAAUAUUCUACCUUUCUUUGAAAGGUGGGAUAAAGACUGCAAUGCUGAGGGAAGCAUACAAGGGAAGUGAGUUGAUUGACCGGGAUCCGCUUCUCGAAAUAAAUGACAAUUUUGUCGAGUUGUUGGCCGAGGGACACAAGGAGCGAGCUGAGCAGUUGAGGUUGAAGAGGGAAACUGUUCAGAAAGAUAUGGAAAUGAUGGCAUUGAGAAAUAGUGAACAAGGUUGUUAUGCUUGUGGGGACGAUAUGCAGAAAAUUGAAGAUUUAGAUAGUUAAUGAAUUCAAACCUGAAAUAUGUUGGAAGCUUUGAAGUCAGCCUUGUAUUGUCAAAAUUUGUUCUGAAUUCAGUUCAAGGACUUAUUAUAUUUGGCCCAAAUGAGGAGGCUAUGGAUGUGGUUAAUGGGAAAAAAUGAGGGAUAUGUACUGCCGGUAUUCCUCGUACAAAGAUUUUCUUCUCAUGUGCUCAUACAGCUUCAUGGUGUCCCCAGAUAGUCUGUUGUACAGUCUCUGUAUUUUGCCAGGAUCUUUUAAUGUUGGAGAUAUCUGCCUAUAAGAGUCAUGAAGAAUAAGCUAAUCUACAGCACAAAGUUGACAAAGAAGCAGUCAUCUAGGUAUUUGGUAGUACAAAUCUGCGAUCUGAAUUGAUAUUACUUGAAAUCAUGAUAGUGAGAAACGACUCAAAGGGGUAUAUCCUUUUAAUGAAAUUUUCAUGAUGGAAUCUACUUUGUAUUGAUGUGAAACGAAACUGAAGUUAUUGCUAACUGAAAUAAUCUGCAUAUGAUACCUCUUCGUGCUGCUGCCACAACAAAUGAAACUGUUUACCAGGCUCUGAGUACAUUCCCUAACAUCACAAAUGCCCACUGCCGCAAUAUCCUAAAUCCGUUCCAGUAUCAUGGAGGAUAAUCCUUCACUAUUUUGUGGACAUGGAAGCCUCAUGUAGAAGGAGAAUUGAGUUACACUACCAUCUUUCCCUCUUUGGGAGGAUGAUCAGUUCGAUGAAGUGGUGGUAAUUGUUAUUCUGCAGUGAUGGCUUCAAAUUCUGGUAACUUUGCGAUGUACGUUAAUUGUAAUGACUUAGACAUAAAACCGGUGAACAAGACCUAUCAAGAAUUAUUUGGCUUGAAAUUAGAAUCCUCAUUGGUGUCCAUUUUUUGAAGUCAGAGAACCCAAAUCCACCACAUCAUUCUAUAACACUCUUGUUCAGUUUUUCUGUUGUACUACAUUGCGCUUUAAGCGUUGGAUCUCGGGAGUUGUCAUCAGGCUGAUGGCCCAUAAUCAUUGACAAAACUACCUGAUUCAUUUUCCUUUCCACAAAUGACAAAACUAUCCUAUUUUUCUCGUAAAACCAUCCUAUUUUUGUGGUACAUGGUGAGUUACAGCAUUCUUGUCAUUCGUACUUCUCUUUAUGCAAUAUAUACUCCAACAUAGAAAAGUACUCCUCACACAAGAUGAAUGAGGAUCUCUAAACUACUCGUAAGCUAAACUUCUCUUUUAGAUAGCCAACUAUAUCGGAACACGUUCUUUUUCCUCCUCUUUUUAUAGUCACCCAACUAGAAAGCCUAAGGUAAUGAAAAGUACAUAAGUCAUUAGUAUAUAACCAAAAGAAAGGAAAACACAAUAACCACACCCCACUUUGUCUUUGCAAAGCAUCAGUAAAAAUGGUGGUAAUGGCAAACAUUAAAGAGAUUCUAACAUCCGCAGUCUUCAUUGCGAUCCUGUCACUCAUCCCCAAAAUCCAGUCCCAGUCAAAUGGUCCUCCAGUCUGCAUCACCCAGCUUGCACAGCUGAACCGCGCUUGUGCUUUUCUGCCUUAUACACCACCUGACGCACCUCCUUCUCCUCCGGAUGAUGACGGUGAUGAUGAUCAUGGCCGCAUGGAUAACGUCACCAACCAAAGCCUCGUUGAUGACGGUGAUGAUGAUCAUGGCCGCAUGGAUAAUGUCACCAACCACCACCGUCAUCGUCAUGAUGAUGAUGAUGGUGAUGACCACCACCGUCAUCAUCAUCAUCAUCACCACCACCACCACAGGCACAGACAUAGCCAGGGACGCAGAGCAUCGGACGCAGAAGAUGAUUGUUGCACGAUGUUGAACGAGGUGGACGCCGUGUGUGUCUGCAGUUUGCUGCUUCGCUUGCCUCUUUUCCUUUCCAAACCGGAGCACAAUUACUCUGUUAUAGUUAAUGAUGAAUGUGAGGUCACUUUUGAAUGUCGAGGUAUAUUUGGAGAUUAGAGAUCGUAUCCUGGCUUCAACUGGAUAUUCUGGGGGAGAUUUUGUGUGGGUUCGUUUCCAGGCCCCAAAGGAUAAAUAAAGUUAAGAACAAAAAUAAGAAUAAAAAUAAGAGUCUAUUUGGUUGUUUACGUCUUGGUUUGUAAGUUUGAGUCAUGGUUAUCUAUUUUGUUUACUGAAAUCUUGAAGAAUCAUGGGAAUUUAUGUUCUUGUUUACGUCUUGGUUUGUAAGUUUGAGGCAUGAUUGUCUACUUUGUUUACUGAAAUUUUGAAGAAUCAUGGAAAUUUAUGCUCAGUUGUUAUAUGCUUGUUCACUGAUUA